AUGUGGAACACCAUUGGAAAAUCAUUAUGGCUUAAAUCAAACUGCCUCUCCCACCAAAAUCAAGUUGCUAGUGACUCGGUGCAUCGUGGGAACUUGGCUUUGCAGCAGCUGAGCUGCAAUGCUUGUCUGGAGGAAAACAAAGCGUGUAAGUGUGAUCAAAGCUUUGAGAGCUGCAAGAGAGUCUCGGGUGUUGAUGAGCACCAUGCAGAGGCCAACAAUUCUUUUACUCAUUCUGUGAUCAACAUGACUGGGAUGCUCAUAGGUUUGGGGCAGUUAUCAACUCCAUAUGCCUUGGAAACUGGGGGGUGGUCUUCUGCAUUCUUAAUGAUAGGACUUGGGGUAAUAUGUGCAUAUUGUUCUCAUAUACUUGGAAAAUGCCUUGACAAAAAUCCCAAGUCAAGAAGCUACACAGAUAUUGGACAGCAGGCAUUUGGAACCAAAGGAAAACUUAUAACAGCAACCUUGAUUUACACGGAGAUCUUCAUGGCCCUUGUAUCCUACACCAUCUCAUUGCAUGACAACCUAAACACAGUGUUCUCGGGGACGCAAUUUAAGGUGUCAUGGGCCAAGUUAUCAAAAUCUCAGCUCUUAACCUUGAUGGCGGUCGUGGUAGCUCUGCCUAGUCUGUGGUUGAGAGAUCUCUCUUCUAUAUCUUUCCUUUCCUUCGGAGGUCUUCUCAUGUCCCUUGUCAUUUUCACAUCAGUGGCAUGCACCGGCAUUUUCGGAGGGGUGAAAGCUAACCACACCAUACCAGCCCUCCGGCUUCAUAAUAUUCCAGCAAUAUCUGGCCUUUAUAUCUUCAGCUAUGCAGGACAUAUUGUUUUCCCCGAUUUAUACAAGGCCAUGAAAGAUCCAUCCAAGUUCACCAAGGUACUUUUCAUCUCUCAAAUUAUAAUAACUAAUGAAACAUGUAUCUAUAGUGAGCUUCACUUUAGCGACGAUACUUUACGCGACCCUAGCCUUCAUGGGAGCCAAGUUGUUUGGUCCCCACGUGAAUCCUCAAAUCACUCUAAGCAUGCCUCCACAUCUUAUAGUGACAAAAAUUGCAUUGUGGGCAACUGUGGUGACACCAAUGACCAAAUAUGCUCUGGAAUUUGCACCAAUGGCCAUCCAGCUUGA